AUGAGCUCCAGCGAUGACGAGUGGCGAAACCCGCCCGUGUUUCCUGGGGGGAUGAGUCGCGGUGGCGGUGAGAGCUCACUUUUGGCCGCGCGGCGGCAGGCGGCGCAGCGGCAGCGGGAAGCGGCAGCGCUGCGCGUCCCGACGAAAGACCCUCCUGCGCUGCAAGAGAACUUCACGGCCAUAGAACAGUCAGAGCCGCCAAAGCAGUCGCAGGCAGAGGUGACUGAAGAAAUGCUCGAAUCGUUGCGCCGCGAGCUUGAGGCGAAGAAAAAAGUGCUCGCGGCCGCGAAUGAAAAGGAGACUGCACUGAGGGAUAGAUGGCGGGCGCAAAAAGCGCAGAAGCUCGCCGAGCUUGCGCAGCUUGACGCCAAACUUCGUCACCAGCAGGACAAGAUGGAAGAAGUCAAGGCGGCGGCGGAACGUGAGGUACGUGACGCGGAGGACGCGCAACGGCAGCGCCUGAGCGAGGAGCGCAGCAGGUUGGAGGCGGAGAUACGCGAGCAGUACGAGCCACAAAUCGCAGCCCAGCGUGCUCUCCUCGAAGAGCUGCAGCAAAGGGAGGCGAAGCUACAGGCGGAAUUGAGUGCGGGUGACACGGCCAAGGAUCUUGUCAACAAAUGCAUUGGAAGUGCCCUUGUCACUAUACUGCAGCGUGUAGAGGGCAUGUUUGCAGACAAUGCAGCUGCAACAGGUGAUUGGGAAGAUGAUGUGCAGCGACUCGUGCGUCACGAGGUGCGCUCUUCCUUCGCCGUGGCGAGCGACAGUGAGGCACAGCACGAGCGUGAGGACUACCAGAAGCUGUUCGAAGACACGCUCGCAUUUUGGCGCAAGGCUGAGGAGGAAGAGCGGGACUACGUGCUCAAGAUGGAUGAACAGCUGCUGCUGGACCUGCAGUCUAUGGUGCACGAUGAUCUUGACCGGCUGCAGCGCGAGGAGCUGGGCAUGGAGGAACUCUACGUCGAGUCACGCGAGGCGUGGGCGACGCAGCAGCAGGAAAUGCUGAAACGCGAAUUGGAUGCCGCGAUGGAGCGCCGCGCCGCUGAGUUCGACGAACAGCGUUCGCAGCGCCAUCAGUUGCACGUCGAGCGCAUGAAGGCGGUGGAAGAGAAGCAGCAGGAUAUGGUGGAGAAGCAGCGGUGGCUUCAUGAAAAGCACAUGGCACUGCUGCGCGAGCAGCACGCAAGAGAAGAGCAGAUCGCCGAUACGCACAGACGCAUCGCUGCAGCGACGCACGCGGACGUGUCACGCACCACGGAGGAAUUCACCCGCAUCGUGCACGCCGUCGAGGCGCUGCUCCAGCGGCUAAAGGACUAUCGCACCGCCGUCGACGAGGGGCGCGCGGCACUCGACAACGAUCGGCGCCGCGCUCUGGAGGCCCGCGAGACGACGCUGGCGGCGCUGCAGCACGCCGUCACACAGCAGACGGUCGCGGUAGGCGCUGAGCACGACGCGCUCUCG